AUGAAGUUCUUACUGGCAGUUCUCUUUUUUGUUUUGUUGUUGUUAUGGGUUGAAGAAGCCUAUUCUAAAGAGAAAUCUUCAAAGAAAGGAAAGGGGAAAAAGAAGCAAUAUCUCUGCCCAUCCCAGCAAUCAGCUGAAGAUCUUGCAAGAGUACCUGUUAAUUCUACCAGCAAUAUCUUGAAUAGGCUGUUGCUCACUUAUGAUCCUAGGAUAAGACCAAAUUUCAAAGGAAUUCCAGUCGAUGUAACAGUCAACAUUUUCAUUAACAGCUUUGGAUCAAUCCAAGAGACAACGAUGGAUUACAGAGUUAACAUCUUCCUAAGACAAAAGUGGAAUGACCCCAGACUUAAAUUGCCCAAUGACUGGAGGGGUUCAGAUACACUGACAGUGGAUCCUACAAUGUUUAAAUGUCUGUGGAAACCAGACUUGUUCUUUGCAAAUGAAAAGAACGCCAACUUCCAUGAUGUCACUCAAGAAAAUAUUCUUCUAUUUAUAUUUCGGGAUGGAGAUGUUCUAGUCAGUAUGAGAUUAUCCGUUACUCUGUCAUGCCCUUUGGACUUGACCUUGUUUCCUAUGGAUACACAGCGUUGCAAGAUGCAAUUGGAGAGCUUUGGUUACACAACUGAUGAUUUACGAUUUAUCUGGCAAUCUGGAGAUCCUGUUCAGUUAGAAAAAAUUGCUUUACCCCAGUUUGACAUUAAAGAAGAGGAUAUUGAAUAUGGUAACUGUACCAAAUAUUAUAAAGGCACAGGUUAUUACACUUGUGUAGAAGUAAUCUUCACUUUAAGAAGACAAGUUGGAUUUUACAUGAUGGGUGUUUAUGCUCCUACACUGCUUAUUGUUGUUCUGUCGUGGCUGUCAUUUUGGAUCAAUCCUGAUGCAAGUGCUGCAAGAGUGCCACUGGGUAUCUUCUCGGUGCUCAGCUUGGCAUCUGAAUGUAUGACUCUUGCUGCUGAACUUCCCAAAGUGUCUUAUGUGAAGGCCUUAGAUGUCUGGCUGAUUGUUUGUCUUCUUUUUGGGUUUGCUUCACUGGUUGAGUAUGCAGUGGUUCAGGUAAUGCUGAACAAUCCAAAGAAAAUUGAAGCUGAAAAAGCAAAAAUUGCCAAGGCAGAUCAAGCAGAAGGGAAAGGAGGCAAUGUAGCCAAAAAGAACACGGUAAAUGGUACAGGGACCCCUGUGCACAUCAGCACUUUACAGGUUGGCGAGACCAGAUGCAAAAAAGUUUGCACCUCGAAAUCUGAUCUGAGAUCCAAUGAUUUCAGCAUCGUUGGAAGCUUGCCAAGAGAUUUUGAAUUAUCAAACUACGACUGUUAUGGAAAGCCCAUUGAAGUCAACAGUGGGCUCGGGAAAUCUCAAGCAAAGAACAACAAGAAGCCACCUCCUUCCAAGCCUGUCAUUCCAUCAGCAGCAAAGCGAAUUGAUCUUUAUGCAAGAGCUUUGUUUCCUUUCUGCUUCUUGUUCUUCAAUGUCAUAUACUGGUCCAUAUAUUUAUGA